AGAGCUAAACUUCAAUCAAAAUUGGACGGACGUAGACGAAGGUUUUUUCACCUGUGCAAAAUAUGAAAACAAUUGCUAUUUGCAGAUAAUUCCACACACAGCGCUUUAUUUGCAUAACUUCAAACCAUUCUGAACUAAAGAAAUUUGCAUUUACGAUAAGAGAAAGACAAUAAAUGUGUAGCAUACCUGAAUAAAGCAUAGAAAAGUUUGAUAACAACCCAGGAAUUCAGUGUACAUAAGCAGCAGAUACCAUUACACAAAAGGUUGGGGGUGUGAGCCGAUAACUAGGAGUUGCAGUAACCGCAUAACAAACACCCGCGCCGCUGCUAGCAAUGAGUAACGGAUAGUGCAAUUGAUUUGCCAAGCAAUUUUUCUAGAGUCGUUAGAGAAUAUAACCGUUAUACCCAGAUUUAUAAGGAGUAAGAAGCAGGUCUGAAGGAUGUUCGCUUCGUUAAAGAAUAAAAUCAAGGAAGAGACUGGUUCAGAUGUGGCUACUACAGCACAGAAUACGCGACACACCAAUCAUAACAACAAUCGAAUACGAAGCCGUUUCUCCUCGACACUGAGUGUAAAUUCAACUAAUGAGGACAAUGGGGGUGGUGGCAGUAUAGAUUCACAGAGUCAUGUGAAUGAGCAGCUCUCUGCAUUACGCAGUCAAUGCAAUGAGUUGACGACCAAAGUGACGGAUCUAAAUUCCCGCCUGCAAAUGCUACAAGAAGAAAAGACGCGCAUAGAAAAGACAAAUGAAAUUCUUUUGGAAACUGUGAAAGUUGCGCAAACGCAAAAAGAUAUCUAUUGUGAGGAACAAGAAAAGAUACAAAAUCUACAGCAAAGUGAAAUUGAAAAAUUAAAAAAUUUAUUAUCAUUUCGUGAGCAAGAAGCUGUUGAUCGACUGGCAGCUAUGCGGCAAAAUCAACAGCAAAUUGAAAACCUAACCACAGAACUUGAACGACUAAAGCAAUACGAGCCUAUGGUGGAGGAUUUGCAGGAUGAAUUGGAGCGUCUGCGCCAUUCCUCCCAGCUGGGCAAAAAUAAUUUAACUACCACACUUGCCGCUGUCGAGGAGGAGAAUCGACAUUUAAAGAUGCGUCUGCAAAUUAUGGAACAGGCGCGCUUGGAUGCAAUCAAUUCAUUUAGUGCAGAUGAGAAAAUGCAAGCGCUUGUACAAGAACGCAAAAUGCUUGAGCAACAUUUAGAGGAGGCCCAUCUCCAACUAUCUGACAUAAAGAGUACGUGGAGCGGUCAAAAUUUGUCGUUAGAAACUCAAGUAAGCCGUUUGUCUAAACAAGUUGCAGAGGAAACAACUGAAAAACGAAAGGCGCUAAGGAUGCGUGAUGACUUAAAUGAAAAAGUUAAACAACUGGAAUUUGAAAUGAUGAAACUCAAGGACGAUAUGAAACAGCGCGAAGAUAAAAUAAAACUACUCGAGGAGGAAAUCGAUGAACUAAACUUGGCACUAAAGGAAUGCCGUGAGGAAAGUGAACAGCAAGUUGUUUAUGAGCGCAAUAAGGCUGAAACACUAGAGAAUGAGACGAAAGAUCUUAAACUGCGUAUCACCACCGCAGACGAACGGUUUAGCGAAUAUGCCACCAAUGCCGAGCAUGUUGCACUAUCCCUACGCCAGCAAAAUGCGCAGCUGCAAGAACAGCUAACCGAGGCGCAAAAUCUGCUUGAAACGGAAAAGGAGGAGAAGCUUACUGCCUUGCUGCGAAACGCAGAAAUAUCACAAAGCGAGGAGAUACUACGCAAGGAAUUGCGCAUCGAACGCGAUGAGGCCAACGACUUGCAUGAAAAGAACGAGCAUCUAACAGAGGAAAACGAAGCCAAAGCUCAAGAAAUUAAACAGUGUCAAAUCGAGAUGGAAGAAUUAAAGACUGUGAUGUAUAAGAAUGAUGAGAAGCUGAAGGAGAUCGACGAAUUGCAACGGGAAAUAAGCGAGAAAAAUAAGACAAUAAAAAUUCUGAAUCAACGAUUAGCGGAUUUGAAGAAAACUCUGCACAAAGAAUUCCGCAGCGCAAAAUCGUUUGAGGUGGAAAAAGAAGGCAACGGUAGUUACAUGGCGGUCAAAUCGAUGAGUGCAACAAAUGCACUUGCAGCCAACAACACCAUACUUUUGAGCGAAUCGCUAGCAUGCGAGCACUGUGGCACUAACACAACCACCGCUUCAACCACAAGCACCUCCGGUACCAGUAGCAUAGUUAUGGACGAAGUCAAUUUUAAAUAUCUAAAGCACGUAAUUGUGAAAUUUCUAACCAGCCGUGAGGUAGAAGCACGACACUUGACACGCGCUGUUGCAACUUUAUUAAGACUCACCAAAGAUGAGGAAAAAUUGCUGCAAGACACACUGAAUUGGAAAAUGAGUUGGUUUGGUUCGAAACCAAAUCAUGGCAGGGGCCAACAUUCGUUCUCUAUACCGCCGAGUUAAUACUAGAACUGCAUUUGCAAAUCUUUCAUAAUACAAAUAUAAAAAAAAAAACAAUGUUGCUAGUUAGACUCACCUAACCGGUCGACC